GCGCUAUUGUUGCUGUAUUCUCUCUUGCCGGUUUGCUUUAAUCUCUGCCUCCGAGGCAAACGCGUUUGCGUGUAAAGUACGGUUUCUAGAUAUGAUAUAUAUAUUUAGUAAAAGAGUCGCACUGCUCAUAUGUUCUUAAACCAGGUAGGGAUUAAGUCAAAGAGAAAUCGCACUGUUCCAGUAUCAGCAUGUUGGACACUGAACCGUAUGGAAUAUACUCACUAGAGGAAACGUUGAACUGGUGGAUGACAAAACCGCUUUGGAGAGCUAUGGAAUAAAACAAAAUCCCAAAAACUAAAUGCAUAACACUGUAGCUUGUCGUUUGCCUUCUGGCGUCCUCAAUAAGCAAAGCUGAGGUUGCAGGUGUGCCCAUGAAGUCCUUGUUUCAGCGCAGGCUUCAGAAACUGAGGCUUUGAGGAAACACAUUACAGUCUGCAAUCCCUACGUGUCUCUUUAGCAAUGGAGUCGUAUUUUUUCCCCUUUGACGGGCUGAUCUGCAUGCUCCUGGGUAUCUCCUUCACCGUGUGGGUUACACUCCUGCUGGUCUUCAUCAUCGUGCCUGCGGUGUUUGGGGUGUCCUUUGGUAUACGCCGGUUCUACAUGAACUCACUGCUGAAAAUAUUUGAGUGGGCCACACUCAGGAUGGAGAGAGGAGCGAAAGAGAAGAACCAGCAGCUCUAUAAACCAUACAGCAAUGGCAUCAUAGCAAAGGAGCCAGCUUCAUUGGAGCAGGAAAUACAGGAAGUGAGGCGUGUAGGUGGUGCAGAGGCUGAGUUCGACAUGUCAGACAUCUUGUUUUUCUGCCGGCGCGGGGUCGAAAGCAUCGUGGAUGACGAGGUGACGAAGCGCUUCACGGCGGAGGAGAUAGAGUCCUGGAACCUGCUGACGCGCAGCAACCAUAACUACAAUUUCCAGAAUAUCAGCACACGGCUGACGGCGCUCUGGGGGCUUGGCGUGCUCAUCCGUUAUGGCAUCCUGCUGCCUCUCAGGGUCACUCUGGCUUUUACCGGCGUCGGGCUCCUUGUGGUUCUCACAUCCCUCAUCGGCCUUCUCCCAAAUGGCGCGACAAAGAAUUUCCUAAGUGAAAAAGCUCAUCUGAUGUGCUACAGGAUUUGCGUUCGAGCUCUCACUGCCAUCAUCACGUACCACGACAGUGAAAACAAACCCAAGAAUGGAGGCAUUUGUGUGGCUAAUCAUACGUCACCCAUUGAUGUCAUCAUCUUGGCCAGUGACGGCUGCUAUGCCAUGGUCGGGCAGGUCCAUGGUGGCCUUAUGGGUGUGAUUCAGAGAGCGAUGGUUAAAGCUUGCCCACACAUCUGGUUUGAGAGAUCAGAGGUUAAAGAUCGGCAUCUAGUGGCCAAACGGCUCAGCGAUCAUGUUGCAGACAAAACCAAGCUCCCUAUUCUCAUUUUCCCAGAAGGCACCUGUAUUAAUAACACCUCAGUAAUGAUGUUUAAGAAGGGAAGCUUUGAAGUCGGAUGCACCGUCUAUCCAGUAGCUAUAAAGUAUGACCCAAGGUUUGGGGAGGCUUUUUGGAACAGCAGUAAGUUUGGGAUGGUAAAUUAUCUCCUCCACAUGAUGAGCAGCUGGGCCAUCGUCUGCAGCGUGUGGUAUCUCCCACCCAUGAGCCGAGAGGAGGGUGAAGACGCUGUGCAGUUUGCUAACCGGGUGAAGGCUGCCAUCGCCAGGAAAGGGGGUUUAGCCGAUCUGUUAUGGGAUGGAGGACUAAAGCGAGAGAAGGUGAAGGAGGUGUUUAGGGAGGAGCAGCAGAAACUCUACAGUAAAGUGUUAGUGGGAAACGGUGAAGAUCGAAGUCGCUCCUGAUCACUGACGUUUUGCCUGAUUGCAAACAGACCCACUGACUGUGCCCAGAGCGCAGGAUCUUUCUGAACCACGGCACAGACCAAACCCGGGCCAAGAUGGAUGCCUUGCUGAACUUCUGCAAGAUUAAUGCUGAUAAACUGAACGGAUCUCAUUCAGAUAGAACUGAACGGAAAUAAAGCAGUUUGGAACUGGCCAGAGUCAAACAGAUCUUGAAACAAAGAGUCGGAUCAGAAUUGACCCGAGAUUCUCCCAAAACUGAUGAACUGCUCCAAGUAAAAUGGAAGAUGUGGAAUUUGUACUACAUGAAAUCAAACCAAAUUGAACAUGGGAGACGGGUCAGAAGAGACCAAAUAAUCAACAGAUCACCUGUGUAUCAAGCUAAAAAUAAUAAUAAUUAUUAUUAUUAAAAAACUGAAUUCAUUUAAGCUGAUCCAAACUGAAAUAAAACAGAUCUGGAUGAAUCAGAUCCAGACUGAAGACGGCUUAACUGAAAUUAAUCAAGUUAAUCUAAAACUGAUUCAGACAGAAGACCUAAAGGACUCUGAAUUUAAUUAUCCUGUUCCACUUGCAUUGAAUUAGCUGGAUUUAAAUGACGACUGAACUGAUUUUUAGAAACCGAAUUGGAUUUGAACGGAAGGAAGACAUUGCUUGCUGAUGAAUAUCAGAAAUGUUACUUUGCACACUUUUGCACGAGUCCAUGAAGUGGCAUUGCAUUCUUUUUUUUAGGAAGGAUUUAGCUAAAUUUAUUGUUUUUUUUGUUUUUUUUUUAAUGAAUAAUUUUUUUUUUUUUUGUGGAGUCUGUUACUGUAGCGACAUAUUUGUCGUCUGAAUGCAUGUGUUCUUCCUCCAGGAAGAAAAAGUCAAGAUGUUUGUCUAAAAGUCUGUUUUGUGUUUUUUAUAUAUAUUUUUUCUUUUCUUUUAAAAAAAAGAAAAACUGUUUUUGGACUAUAAGUUCUUAAGUCGACAUCGGACACUCAGGCAACAUGUGUGCUUUCUUAUUUAGAUGUUUCACUUAAAUGUUGACAGAUACAGAUUAAAAAAAACUAAAGAAUUGCAAAAGAAUUGUGUGUAUCAUAGUUUGCUAAUAAUUAAAUAUACAAUAUAAUAUGCUUCUUAAACACGCACAACAUAGUGGCCACUUAAGAACAUUGUAAGAGAUCAAGCCUACACUGUUCAAAAGACACAAGACGUAGGAUAAUGGUCUCGUGUGGUCUCAUCUGGGCAAAAGCAACCCUGUAAUUCUGUCUUUAGAAUGUUGGUGAAAUAAUGGGGGGAAAUUUGAACAUAUAAGAUGGUGAACAAUUUCUGUAAUAACAUGAAUUCUGCUGAACUGUCGAAACUGCUCUGUUACUCAUUAAAUGAAUAUGGUGUAUUCGCA